CAUUGGCGCCGCGCGGAGAGGCGGAAUGUUCAACUCCUGACUCCGGCGGAAGCGUGGGAGCUUGCGCCGGCCGCCGUCCCCCGACCCCUGCCCCCGCCCUCGUCGCGCCGGGCCUCUGCGCCCCCCGGCAGCUGCUCGCACCCGGCCCGGGAGCCAGAUUUUGUGGAAGUAUACUACUUUGUCAUUAUGAGAUGUCGUCUCUCGGUACUUCCUUUGUGCAAAUUAAAUUUGAUGACUUGCAGUUUUUUGAAAACUGCGGUGGAGGAAGUUUUGGGAGUGUUUAUCGAGCCAAAUGGAUAUCACAGGACAAGGAGGUGGCUGUAAAGAAGCUGCUCAAAAUAGAGAAAGAGGCAGAAAUACUGAGUGUCCUCAGUCACAGAAACAUCAUCCAGUUUUAUGGAGUAAUUCUUGAACCUCCCAACUAUGGUAUCGUCACAGAAUAUGCUUCUCUGGGAUCACUCUAUGAUUACAUUAAUAGUAACAGAAGUGAGGAGAUGGACAUGGAUCACAUUAUGACCUGGGCCACUGACGUAGCCAAAGGAAUGCACUAUUUACAUAUGGAGGCCCCUGUUAAGGUGAUUCACAGAGAUCUCAAGUCAAGAAAUGUUGUUAUAGCUGCUGAUGGAGUAUUGAAGAUCUGCGAUUUUGGUGCCUCUCGGUUCCAUAACCAUACAACACACAUGUCCUUGGUGGGAACUUUCCCAUGGAUGGCUCCAGAAGUUAUCCAAAGUCUACCUGUGUCUGAAACGUGUGACACUUAUUCCUAUGGUGUGGUUCUCUGGGAGAUGCUAACAAGGGAGGUCCCCUUUAAAGGUUUGGAAGGAUUACAAGUAGCUUGGCUUGUAGUGGAAAAAAACGAGAGACUAACCAUUCCAAGCAGUUGCCCCAGAAGUUUUGCUGAACUGUUACACCAGUGUUGGGAAGCUGAUGCCAAGAAACGGCCAUCCUUCAAGCAAAUCAUUUCUAUUUUGGAGUCCAUGUCCAAUGACACCAGCCUUCCUGACCAGUGUAAUUCGUUCCUGCACCACAAGGCAGAAUGGAGGUGUGAAAUUGAAGCAACCCUUGAGAGACUAAAGAAACUAGAGCGUGAUCUCAGCUUUAAAGAGCAGGAGCUCAAGGAACGGGAAAGACGGUUAAAGAUGUGGGAGCAAAAACUGACAGAGCAGUCUAACACCCCGCUGCUGCCUUCCUUUGAGAUUGGUGCAUGGACUGAAGACGACGUGUAUUUUUGGGUUCAGCAGCUCGUCAGAAAAGGUGACUCUUCAGUGGAGAUGAGUGGCUAUGCAAGUUUGUUUAAGGAAAACAACAUCACAGGCAAGCGACUGCUGCUGCUGGAGGAAGAAGACUUCAAAGACAUGGGCAUCGUCUCCAAAGGACACAUCAUUCAUUUUAAGUCGGCCAUUGAGAAACUAACACAUGAUUAUCUGAACUUUUUUCACUUCCCACCACUAAUUAAGGAUUCAGGAGGUGAACCUGAAGAAAAUGAGGAAAAAAUAGUGAACCUUGAACUUGUUUUUGGUUUUCACUUGAAACCAGGAACUGGCCCACAGGAUUGUAAGUGGAAAAUGUAUAUGGAGAUGGAUGGGGAUGAAAUUGCAAUAACCUACAUAAAAGAUGUGACAUUCAACACUAACCUACCUGAUGCAGAGAUUUUGAAGAUGACAAAGCCACCAUUUGUAAUGGAGAAGUGGAUUGUAGGAAUUGUGAAAAACCUGACCGUGGAGUGCACUGUCACAUAUGAGAAUGAUGUGAGAACUCCAAAAAGCACAAAACAUGUCCAUUCGAUUCAGUGGAGCAGAACCAAGCCUCAGGAUGAGGUGAAAGCUGUCCAGCUCUCCAUCCAGACCGCGCUCCCCAACACAGAGGGCAAUCCUGGCAGCAGGUCCAACUCAAGUGCUGACUGCCACUGGUUAGACACUCUGAGGAUGCGGCAGAUUGCAUCCAACACUUCUCUGCCGUGUUCCCAGAGCAAUCCUAUUCUGGGGUCAUCAUUCUUCCCAUACUUUGACAACCAGGAUUCCUACGCUGCAGCUGUGAGGCGGACCCAGGGGCCCAUUAAGUAUCAACAGAUUACUCCUAUCAACCAGUCCAGAAGCUCCUCCCCAACUCAGUAUGGGCUGACCAAAAACUUCUCCUCUCUGCAUCUCAACUCCAGGGACAGUGGUUUCUCCAGUCUCAACACUGACAGCUCUACAGAGAGGGGCCGCUACUCAGACAGAAACAGGAACAAAUAUGACCGAGGUAGUUCAUCCCUCAAUUCUUCUCCUAGAGGAAGAUACAGUGGGAAAAGUCAGCAUUCCACUCCUUCAAGAGAAAGAUAUUCUGGAAAGUUCUACAGGUUGUCCCAGUCAGCACUUAGUCUUUACCAGUCACCUGACUUCAAGAGAAAACCAAGUGAACUCCGCGUACCCAGAACCAUCCCAGGGAUGCCCUUGCACCCUGAGUCUGACUCCAAAGCCAGUGAAGAGGAAAGCAAAGUGAGCGAAGGAGGAUGGACUAAGGUGGAAUACCGGAAGAAGCCCCACAGGGCCUCCCCUGCCAAGACUAACAAAGAAAGGGCCAGAGGAAACUACCGUGGGCGGAGGAACUUUUGAUGAAUUGACCUAGGCCCAAGUUUUCUGAACAGAUGUUUCUUGCAAAGGAUUUUCAUAACAGGAUGUCUUCAGACUCAGUUACCAAACUCACAACAACUCUUCCACAUUUUGGAUUGGGAAAUACCUUCUAAAUGAAACUACUGCCAAACCAGGGCCAAAAUUAUGGAUGUCGGUUGCCUAGUAGUGGUAACUAGACUUGAAACUCUUGUUGGAGAAGGGGCUCUGCCAUCCCUUUACCCUAAGCACUGACAUUCUGGUUAGCAGGACUGAGACCUGGGAAAGGAAGUGAGGUCAACAAAAAAUCAGAAUUCUAGAUAAAGACAGGAACAGUAAUAUUGAAUUUUUCCUUCUGUUAAAAGCUCCUGCAUGGCUCAGCAAGACACCAUGACUGAUCCUUUAUUUAUUUAAACUUUCGAUUUUUUGUUCAUCUUGAAUUUUUUAUAUUAGUUGCCCAAGGCUCGUGUCUCACUCAUCUCACCCUUGUCUCAGCCCUGCUAGUUAGUAUUUAUUUGAGUAAAAUAUUUGUGUUUCUAUCAUGGUCACAAUUGAACUGGUCUGAUUUGUCCAUUUUAGGUAAUAAAAAAAGCUAUUGAACUUAA